AUGUCCUACUACUACGAGCAGUGCAAGCAGCCCUGCCUGCCGCCCGCCUUCCUGGCGCAGAAAUGCGCCAAGUGCCCGCAGCCAUGCGCCGCAAAAUGCGUCGAGGUCUGCCAGGCCCCAUGCGCCUCCCAAUGCGUCGAGGUCUGCCAGACGCCAUGCGCCUCCCAAUGCGUCGAGGUCUGCCAGGCCCCGUGCGCCUCCCAAUGCGUCGAGGUCUGCCAGACGCCAUGCGCCACCCAAUGCGCCACCAGCUGCGUCACCCAGUGCCCGGAGCCCUGCGCCACCCAAUGCGCCAGCUCCUGCGCCCCGCAAUGCGUCGACGUCUGUCCCGCCCAGUGCCCCGAGCCCUGCGUCACCAAAUGCGUGGAGCAGUGCCAGGACCAGGUUUGCACCACCAAGUGCGUGGAGUCCUGCGAGACCGUGUGCCUGAAGCCCUGCUGA